AUGGCCCUGGAUCAGCAAGAUGCCGGGCUGCACGCAUGUCAUUUUUUCUGGGACUCGGACAGCGCGCGAUUGUCGCCAUGUGCAAUGCGCUAUGUUUCAGUAGUACCUGGCAUUGCUAUCAUCACAAUUGCUGUCUUCCAGAUCCUUGGACGUCUGUUACACAAAUGGCGCCCCAAAUGGACAAAACCGUUCAUCCCAGAGCCCUCGCCGUUCCCUGAACUGGCGUCGAGAACAGGGCCUCAACGACUAGGCUGGGUGAUAUCCCUGCUUGCUGUAUCAAUUGUUGGCUUCGCGGCUGAGCUCAUUAAAGUCAUCCCCAAUGGGUCGGAUAGCGCCAAUUACAUCCUGUUGGUAUCUUGGGCUCUGACUGCCGCGUUAAUUACCAGGGAACGACCACGGUCUAGUCCCGUCUCUCUGCUUGUUUAUUUUGGAACUGCAUUCGCAGUAGAGGCUGCAUACAUACUGAAUGAAAAUGCUUACGGUGUGCAUAAAUUGUUCGCCUACUACCUUGCCGCGGGCGCUGCAGCGGCCGGCUGCGCCGUCAUCCUUGUGAUGCCCCUACGGGAGCCCUUCCUUCCAUGCAUUGAUAUCGGGGUGGUCGGCCAGGCGCCAUCAGCCGACUUCCGCAGCCCAGAGGAUAACUUGAGACUAUGGCAAUUCCUCAGCGUGUCGUGGAUGGCCCCUUUGAUGUCCUUGGGGAAACAAAGGCAACUGAACGAGGACGACGUAUGGUUUCUGGGGUUUGAGUUCCAACAUCGCCGACUGCAUGAGAAGUUCCGCAAACUCCAGGGGUCGGUGGUCACUCGGUUGCUUCAGGCCAAUGGAAUUGACGUCCUCAUUAUUACGUUGAUUUCCAUCGUGCAGAUGCUCUGCGGCUUUUCCACCCCGGUUCUCCUGCAGCAGCUUUUGCAGGCAAUGAAUUUCCCGGAUAGAAAGAGAGUUGCUUUGACUUAUGCUCUUUUGUCCUUGUUUCUUCGUUUCGUGUCUGCCCAAUUACAGGUGCUGAACAUCUGGUAUGGCAGAAGGUGCUAUGAGAGAAGCAGGGGUGAGAUGAUGAUGAUGAUUUAUGAAAAAGCCUUAUCUAGAAAAAAUGUCUUUGAACAGCAGGUGAAAGACAAGGAAGAGGAAGAGCAACUUUCAAAUGGAGACGAUAGCAAUGACGAUGUUGAAGGUGGGCCCAAGCAGCGGAAGCUCUGUGGGCUUUUCAAUCGAUCGCAAAGCCCUCAGCAAGAAAGACCAAAGACAGCGGCUUCCAUGGGAAAGAUAUUUAACCUUCUCCGCGGAGACGCCUACGAGGUAGCCCAGCGAUUCUGGGAAGUUGACCGUCUUGUCGAUAAGCCCUUAGGUCUGAUUAUUGCCAUUGCUCUUGUUUGGAAGCUACUUGGGCCUUCAUGUUUCCUGGGCAUUGUAGCUAUUCUGGCUGGCCAAGCGAUCAAUGCUAUCAUCACCCGUACUCUCUUCAAAUGGGAGCGUGUCCGCAGGCUGGCGACUGAUACCAGGCUACAGAUCUCUUCCCAGUUUGUGGAAGCACUGCGUCACCUUCGUUGGUAUGGGUGGCAGAACCAUUGGCUCGGCCAGGUCCUUGAUGCGCGGCAGUCCGAACUGAAUCUUCGAAUCAUUACCAGUCUUUGGACGGUUCUGAUUCAGUUCAUCAAUGUCUUCACAAGCGGCUUGUUUCCUGUUGUGGCAUUGUAUGCUUAUACGGUGCUGGCAGGUCAUCCCCUUCGGAUCGACAUCAUCUUUCCUGCACUCCAGCUGUUCACUAUGCUAGAAACUCGGAUACGAGAAAUCCCCAUGCUCAUCACGAUACUCAUUAACGCAUCCAUCUCAGUGGAGCGAAUUGAGGAUUUUAUGCAUGAGCCAGACAAGGAAACGAAAGACACGUCGAGCGACUCCGACUCUUCGCUACUGUUGGACUCCUGUUCAUUUGCUUGGGCCGGGAGGAAAUUACCUGUCCUGUCGGAUGUUAAUCUCAAGAUCUCCCAGGGACUGACUGUCAUCUGUGGCAAAGUGGGUGCAGGAAAGACCGCACUUCUCCAGGCGUUGCUGGGCGAACUAGAUCGUAUCGAUGGUGUUGCACACAUUCCCAAUGAGAUGGUCGGCUAUUGCUCCCAGACACCCUGGUUACAAAGCAUGAGCAUCCGAGACAAUAUUCUCUUUUCAUCGCCUUAUGACGAACAGCGGUAUAAGCGCGUUCUCGAUGCUUGCGCUUUGCUUCCCGAUCUCGCCAAUUUCAAACAUGGCGACCUGUCAUUCGUGGGCGAGAAUGGCGUCGGUCUUUCAGGUGGACAGAAGGCACGCGUUGCUCUUGCUCGAGCAGUAUACAGUGCAGGAAGCAUUUUGCUCCUUGAUGAUCCGCUGUCCGCCUUGGACCACAAUACAGCGGAGACCAUCGUCCGCAGAUGCUUCUCGGGUCCUUUAAUGCAGAACCGAACCGUUGUCCUCGUCACGCACCGCACCCAUCUCGUUGGCCACAUCGCGGAUCAGAUCAUCGAAGUCCAACAUGGCCGAGCUACAGUGCAAAACCGACAAGCUGCAAUCGCUUCUCAUGACUCCAGUGCGGACGAUACUUCAUCGUCUCAUACAGUAGAUAAUGAGUCCGAGAAUGAAGCCGAAAUUGAGGAUGACACGGCCGCGGUACCAGACAAGUUCAUUGAAGAGGAGCAUCGGGCCGAAUGGGGCGUGAAAGCCCGGGUUUACUGGAAUUACAUCAGAGCCGGAAAGUAUAAAUGGUGGUCUGCGCUUGUUGUCGUCGUGGCGGUGUCUCGAGUCACCUCAGUCGCACAAGCAUGGUUUCUCAAAGAAUGGGGUGAAGCAUAUAACCAAUUCGUUCUUUUCUUUGAGUACUCGGGGUCGAACAUCAUGUCUAUUGCCUCUGGAUCCGACACCCAAUCGAUUCUCUCAAACACAGUUAACUGGCUGCCCAAGAGCCCGAUCGACGAUUUGCCCGCUCCAGCAGAAGAUGUUCGCCCGUGGUUGCUAGCAUUCUUUGCUAUCACGGCCUUCCAGUCCGUCGUUAUGCUCUUGUCGCAAUUGUUGAUGCUGGUUGUUGUCUACUAUGCUGGCAAAACAAUGUUUCAGCAGGCCAUGGUGCGAGUCAGCCAUGCGACGUUCCGAUUCUUCGAUGUGACUCCCAUUGGUCGAUUGAUGAACCGGCUGACGUCGGAUAUUGGCGUGGUGGAUGGGAACAUCAGCCAACAGUUUCAAAUCAUUGCAUUUCUCGCCAUUACGUGGAUUUCGUCUAUGAUAGUGAUUGCUUCCGUGACCCCGACUUUCCUCGGAUUCUCCGUGAUCCUUACUGUCGCCUUCAUCAUCACGUUCUUGCAGUUCCUCCCAACCUCGCAGAGCUUGCGACGGCUAGAAAUGGUAUCAUUGAGCCCUUUGAUAUCCAACUUUGGCGAACUUCUGCACGGCUUGACAACUGUCCGUGCAUUCCAUGCAGAGACGCGUUUCCAGGAUCGGGUUAUCGCAGUCGUGGACAAGUUCCAAGGCAUGGAUCAUUUCUACUGGUCGCUACAGAGCUGGCUGAUGUUCCGCUUUGAGAGUCUAUCUGCCAUAUCCACUUUUUGCCUGACAGUGCUUGCUCUCUACACAAGUGUCUCUCCCGGCUUGGCUGCAUUUGUUCUCAUCGCCGCUAACAGCCUGGUCGACGCCACUCACGGGCUUUGCAAACAGUACGGUCAGUUGCAGAUGGACUUUGUCUCCGUGGAGCGCGUGGACGAGCUGCUGCACGUGGAGGAAGAAAAUCCGGGCACCAUCGAACCACCCGCCUCGUGGCCCAAAUUCGGUCGCGAUAUUACAUUCGACGGCGUCACGAUCCGCUACGCUCCUCAUCUCGAUCCCUCACUCAAGAACAUCUCCCUGCGGAUUCCUGGAGGCUCCACCACCGCUAUCACCGGCCGCACAGGUAGUGGGAAAUCCACACUCGCCGUCUCCCUUCUCAGCGUCAUCCGCCCCGAAUCCGGCCGCAUCCUGAUCGAUGACAUCGACAUCGCACAAGUGAGCACCCAAGCACUACGCACACGAAUCACCUUCGUCGCGCAAGACCCCGUCCUCUUCCCGGGAAGUAUCCGCCUCAACCUUGACCCAACAGGCGACUACGCCGACGAAGAAUGCGCCGAGAUCCUCAGACGAGUAUGUGGCCGACACAACUGGACUCUCGACACACACGUGGAGGCUGGAGGCCGGAACCUCAGCCAGGGCGAGCGGCAGCUUAUCGGACUAUCCCGGGCGGUGCUGCGUCGCAGCUCGAUUGUUAUUCUGGAUGAGGCGACGGCGUCGAUCGACCACGAGAGCUCGUUGGAGAUUCAGCAGAUUAUUCGUGAGGAGAUGAAGGAGUCGACUGUGAUUACUAUUGCGCAUCGGCUGGAAGCUAUCAAGGAUGCGGAUUAUUAUAUCGUUUUGGAUCAGGGCGGAGUGGCUAGGCAGGGGUAUGUUAAGGAUAUGUGA